CAUGUUGACAUCAAACCAAGUUGGUUUUGCAGCAAUGCUAAUGCAAUUUUGUUUCAAGAACGUCCACAGCUGCUUAGCAGCCCUGUUGGGAUGGAUUUUUAAACUGGUAUCUGGCACACAGGUGCAACAAACACCUGUCGGAGAGAUCAGUCGCCUGAAGACUCGCACCAAAGAGCAGAAAGAGGGCUCCAGCACUCAGUUGACUACUCCAAGCAGUGUAAACUACCACUUUACCCGGCAGUGCAAUUACAAAUGCGGAUUUUGCUUCCACACUGCAAAGACCUCUUUCGUCUUGCCCAUUGAAGAGGCAAAGCGAGGCUUACAUCUUCUGAAAGAAGCAGGAAUGGAAAAAGUCAACUCUUCUGGUGGAGAGCCCUUCCUUCACAAGAGAGGUCAUUUUCUGGGAGAGCUGGUGCGAUUGCAAACAGGAGCUGCAAUGGCAGUCUAA